AUGCGACACCGUCACGGAUUCAAGAAGCUUAGUAAGCCUGCCGAUCAACGCAAGGCCUUGUUACGAGCAUUGACUACCGAAGUAAUUCGACACGGACGCAUCAAGACCACGCUCGUGCGGGCCAAAGCUGUCCGUAAGCAUGUGGAUCAUAUGAUUGAAUUGGGAAAGCGCGGUGACUUGCACGCCCGUCGUCAGGCCCUUGGCUGGGUGUACGAUAAAAACCUGGUCCAUUCCUUGUUCGAGGCCGCCCCGGAUCGUUACGGUGAACAGAACGGAGGGUACACACGUGUUCUACGAACUGUAGCACGACAGGGAGAUAACGCCAAGAUGGCGAUUAUUGAACUAGUGUAA